CCUCCCUUCGCGGAAGUUUACAUUCUGUCAUAAUUUUAUGAUAAGUUUUAUUUUAUUUUCUUCAAAAUGGGCUUAUUUGGAAAAGACAACACCAAAUCACCUAAGGAUAUGGUAAAUGACUGGUCUCACAAACUGAGAAAAGAAGGCUAUGUUUUAGAGCGACAAAUUAAAGCCAUUCAGCGUGAAGAAGAAAAGACAAAGAGGCAGUUGAAAGAUUCUGCAAAGAAGGGAGAGAAAGCGGCAUGUUCAAUAUUGGCAAAGGAAAUACUGAAUUCCAGGAAGGCCGUGAACAGGCUGUAUGCAUCAAAGGCUCAUCUCAACUCAAUAUCCAUGAACAUGAAAAACCAGCUAGCGACUCUCCGUAUUGCUGGGGCCCUGGAAAAAAGCACAGAUGUCAUGAAGUCAAUGCAAGCACUUAUAAAAUUGCCAGAUAUACAGAGAACCAUGAUGGAGAUGUCAAAAGAAAUGAUGAAGGCUGGUAUAAUUGAAGAGAUGCUGGAGGAUACUAUGGAGAGUGCGUUUGAUGAUGACGAGAUGGAGGAUGCCGCCCAGGAGGAGAUCGAUAAGGUCCUUUAUGAGCUCACUGCAGGUCAACUUGGUGAGGCCCCAACUGCUGUCACAGACACUCUUCCCACCAGAGUCUCAGAGCCUGCCGCUGAGGGGGCAACUGCAGCUGCUGGAAGUGACGAUGAAGAUCUCAUGGCUAAACUGGAGGCCCUUCGGAGCUAACCCUGCUUUUGGGGGUGGGGAUUGUGUUGUGUAAUGACUGAACUGUGUUUUUUCAGAGAAAAAUAUUUUUAGAUUCUUAUUUCUGCCUGCUCCUUCCUGAAACAUUUCACCCCUAAAUUUUGUGUUUGACAAAAAUCAAUUUUGGUGAUGAGUGUUCAAUAAAUAUCUGCCCAUUCAACCCAUUUUUUUUUAAGAAGGGAUCUUUUGUAAGAAUCUAAGAAUGAUUUUUCUCUAGUCUUAUUGGCAGAACCAUGAUUUGAAGGAUUGUGGAGAAUCCUAAACUUGAAUACUGUCAUGUAAAGACAUGGAAGGCUGAUAUUAACAUUAAAAUAGUGUUACAUUGAUGGAAGUCUUUGAAAUAUGCAGGGUUUUCAGUAUAAUGGAGCAGGAUUUAUAGUAAAGUUAUAUAACUUAGUAAUGCUAAGAAAUAUAUAACUAAGAAAUACUAAGAAAUUUCAUGUAUUUAUUAGUGCAUCUCAUAAGGAUAAAAGUGUUUUUGUAUGACUGUUUUGCAUGAACACAUAAAAGCAAGAUGGCGUUCAUGAAUGUCAUUGGAAUGCUGAAGGGUUCUAUUGUUAUUCAGUAAAGCAUGUUAUGUAUUAAAUUUAAAAGUCACAUUCACAUUUAAAGGAUAAUUAAAUUUCACUGAAUUCUUAAGCACUGACUUCUGUUUAUGAUAUUUUGUUACAUACGUUUUUUUAAGAGAUGAAAUGAUUUUGAAAUGUAACUACCGGGUAUGAAUAUUUAUGUAUGGGGGAAUGCUACCUUUUGCAGCCUGCUUUAUUUUUUUGGACUAAUGUACAUGUUUAUGGAAUUGCUUCACAACCCUGUGUAAUAUUUGCUUGUAAUGCUUCAAAUUAAUCAUGGCUGUCUUAUUUGCAUUUAAUUAGCUGAAAUGCUAGCUUAAAUAGAACUGUGAUAAAUAUUUAAUUUAAUUCAUGCGUAGUUUUGCGAUUUUUUUUUGAGCAGCUCAGCUUUUGGGAAAGAAUAAAACAUGCUUAAAAAAUUACUGAUAUUUGUAAUAUCGGAUGUAUUAACAUGUCUUUUUCUGUUGUUUUUUUCAUUUGAUUCAAAUUGAAGUUUUUAUAAUUCAUAAUUCAUUUACAGGUUUUUCUAUCAAAAUAUUCAAACUCAAAGAGAAACUAUUUUUAUUGGUUAUUUGUGUUAUGUCUCACAGUACUUUUGUCAGAAAAACGCUUUAUUGUAGCCAAUAGUAAACUAUUUUAUUUGGGUUUUGUACUGUUAGUAUUUCAGGGGUUAUAUAGACAGACAUCUAUCAUAUCAUCUUAUUUAAGAGUCCAAUUUUGAUAUAGCUGAUUCACAUUGUAAACUUCACUUAAGACCAUUACUUAAGCGAAUUAGGUUUGGGGGUUUUAUGCAGUGCUUUCUUUACAAUGUAUGUCAAGGUAUAUGCACACUUAUGGACCUUCAUUACUUGAGCAAUGAGAGACUGUUACAAUAUUUGUAAUUUCAUUAAGGAAUUAAUAAUAAACGAACAUGUACAUGGUGUUAAAUAAGGAUAUAGUAAACAAUUAUAUUUCAUUAAGUCUUGACUGGAUGAGCCUUCAUUCAGCACAGCAUACAGUUUUGUAUUGUGAAUAACCUCAGCUCGCUCUGUCUUUUUCUAAAUGUUCCUUGGUCUAGCAUUGCCUGUUUUGUAUGUUAAUGAAAGCAACUGAAAUCUGCAUUGACUUUAUUUAUCUAUUGUAGUAGAUAUACAUGAUGUUCACAUUGAAAACUUUAAGCCAUUAUCAUAUUUAUUUCAUUGAUGAAUUCAAAGCUGAGUUGCAUGUGUUUAUUCAUUUGGUGCACAGUUGUUCAAUAUGUAUCUUCCAAGUAAUUGCUUGGAUGUGGAUAAUAGUUUGACUCAAAGUUCAGAUGUUUUUUUUUUUUAUAUUUUACCACUGCUAGUAACACACAGUUGACUACUUCAGGCUCACAAUUGAACACACAAGUAUCUUUCAAACUGUUGACAGCUGCUUUCAUGCCCUCCAUCUAAAAACAAAAGAAAAUACCUAAUACCAUGCAUAACAAGAAAAAAGAUAGCAGAUAGCAGAUCAUGCCCUCACAGCUUUCAGUCAAAAUGUAGUAUUCAAGGGGCCCCGUUGGUUCACGUUAAUGUCAUGAAUUAUGAAACUUUAUUUUAAUUAUCUGAGUAUUAAUUUCAUGUCUUAUUCAAGGACACCCUUUUUUGUCAUUUUGGAAUACACAUCUUUUGUCGGUAAUGAUAAAUCUUGAGAGGAAGCUACUCACAAAUGCACAUAUAUUUAUAACUGUCUGGUAUAGGUGGUUAAGGAGAAAAGGAACAUCUUAACUGAGGGUUUCCCUUUCAGAUGUAACUAGUAAUGGCCUAACAGUGCUGUUUUGUCUUCAUUUGUAGAUAUUCAGAUCAUUAUUUUCAUGUUUCUUUGAUAUUAAAGAUUUGUCAUCUUGUUUUGUUAAUAUAUAUAUAUGCAUUAAAUUUGAACAAAC